UGUUGCACUGGCUGCACUGAGUGAGCCAAUCGCGUCGCUCGUAACUGAACACAUAGAGUGCUCGUGCUCCAGGAAGCGUGAGAGAGGGAACGCUGCUCGGAAAGAACAAUGGGAGUGGAAGUUGAGACCAUAAAACCUGGAGACGGAAGGACUUUUCCGCGGAGAGGAGCGAAUGUCACCGUGCACUACGUGGGUACGCUGACAAAUGGACAUAAGUUCGACUCCUCCAGGGACCGGGGAGCUCCCUUCAAGUUCAGACUUGGACAGGGUGAAGUGAUUCGUGCUUGGGAUGAGGGUGUAGCUCAGAUGAGUGUUGGCCAGGUGGCAAGGUUGACCUGCUCACCGGACUAUGCGUAUGGCGAUAGAGGAUUCCCACCCGUCAUCCCAGGAAAUUCCACCCUCAUCUUUGAAGUGGAGCUGAUCAGUUGCUGAGUGCUUAAGUUGAAGAUUCCCUUUCCUCAUUCCACCCACGUCUUCGGCACAAAUAAUGGUUAAAUUAAAGGUGCUGUCAGUAGCAUUUAUAAACAUGAAUAAAUCAUUGUAGAAAAAUGAUGAUAUCUUGGUAUGAUUGAGACUAAUGACAAAUACACAAGAACCAUACUAAUGCCAGCAGUAUUGUUGGUGCUAAGAUGACACUCGGAUCUGAAAAAUUUAAAGAAAUAGUGUGGCGUAUUGGUGAAUAUGCUUAUGCUUCCACAAUUUGUGUUGCCUACAUUUUAACAUUUGUCUUAUAAAUAUUUGACUUAGGCCUGCGGCUGUUAGAAGGCACAUCAGAAUUAAAUAAGAGCAAAUGACAUGGGAACGUUAGAAAGACUAGUGUGCUGUUUUUGUCAUCUGUGCCACAAAGCACUUAUGAAUUGCCACCAAAUUUGAAUCAGUGGCACUAAAUCUGGGGUUGACUUAUAAUUUGUUCUUAAAAAUAGUGUGGUAAAGAUUAUCAAUGUCCUAAAUGCACAUGAAACACCUUUAAAUGAAGAACUUAUUUGUGUUCUAUAACCUAAAUGUAUCCCUUCAUUUGAUGCAUUGAGUUGAAAGCUUGAAACUUUGACAUGAUGUAAGGAAACUCUCCAUAUGUUUGCAAACAGUGGCUUAUGUUUUAAUUUCCCACCACUCCUUGUGUUGCCGGGGACAGAUUUUUUUUGUCCCAUCCCUUUUCAUUUACUCUUGGGUCUUUGUAUUGUAGUUAAAGGCCUCAAGUGCCCUUGUUUUCUGGCAUAAUGUUUUCUUUGUUGUGCCAUCCUUUAGGAAUUGUCUUACCUGUGGGUAUUGCAUUCUUACAUUAAAAGAAGUAUACAAUG